UAGUGUUCCUCGAUAAUAGGAGAGUGUAGUAAUAAUGCUGCUUUUGUUUUGUGCACCAAGCUGACAAUGAGAGGUGAGAUGAGGCUGCAUUGCUCAAUACAUUAAUCAUGCAUGGCUAGUUUUCUUUUUUGGCACAUGAGGGGGGAGAGAGCGGAGCUUGCUUCUCACACAGCCAUGGUUGCCCCUGGACGACGUGCGCUCUGGAGCCUGUGCGUGUGCUUCACGGCCCUGCAUACAAAUGCUCUGAGGGUGACCAUGAGGGAGUCGACGGCGGAGGUAGUCCGAGGAGAUUUUGUCAUCCUGCCCUGCUCCUUCUUCACCUCUAGCCCCCUUUCCAGACUCAACAUUAUCUGGACUCUGGCCCCCCUCUCCAGUCCGGAAUCCCCCAUUCAGGUGAUCGUAUAUGACCAUGGCCAGAUUAUUGAAGACCCAUCUCUUAUUGGCAGGGUAGGCUUUACAGGUAUCCCAUGGAGCGCAGACAUCAUGGUGAAUGAUACUCGUCUGUCCGACGCUGGCAUUUAUCGCUGUAUGGUAAACAACCCUCCAGAGACGGCAGAUCCUGGCAUAGGAGAACUGCUUCUCACUGUUCUGGUGGCACCAUCUCUGCCCACAUGCCAGUGGGAUGGCGACAUGGACGCGGGAGGCAGCGUCACGUUGUCCUGCUCAGUGGUCGAGGGUGUUCCUACUCCGGAGAUCCACUGGGAUAAACUCAACCCAGAGGAAAUUUCACUGCCCAUCAACAUGGAGGGCGAGCUGUCGGGUUCGGUCCAAAUCGUCAACGUGUCGUCGCAGACGUCCGGCCUAUAUCGUUGCUCCGCCUCCAAUCUCCUGGGAACGGAGAACUGCUACAUCAACCUCUCCAUUUACAGCGCAGUUGCAGGGAGUUCCUCAGGGAUCCUGCAGGGAGUGCUGCUGACUCUAUCCAUGAGCCUGAUGCUGUUGACCCUGCUGGUGCUCAUGACAUGGCUUCAUCGGACAGGCCAGGACGGACGACGUAGGGUCUCUAAGGAGGAGGAGGAGGAGGAGGAGGAAGGCUACAAUGAGAUCCGCUAUACUCCGUCUCUGAUGAAGCGCUCCUUUGUGUAAGAGUCAUUGUUAACAGGUUUUAAAUAAAUGCUCCAAACUAUGACUGUGCUAUUUCAUACACAGA